AUGGAGCGAAGAAAGACAAAGUAUGCCAUUCGUGAUCGCAUAAAAGAAUUCCUUGAGCGAAUCCGACAGGGCAAAGAGCUCGCGAGAGAGUCUCACCCGGGCUUGGAUCUCGAUAAGGACCAACCGUUGCCAAUGGAAGAUGCUCUCGAAGAGAGAAUCAAAGAGAAUGCUUAUAAAAAUGCGGAUAGUGUCGCUUGCCAGGAAGAUUACGAAUCCGGGGAAAUUCAAGAAUCAAGUGAUAGCGACGAGGAAAAAGAACCAGAGGAAGAAAUUCCAGAAGAACCCGAAUCUCCAAAGGGUGAUGGAAGCUAA